AUGCCAUUGAAUAAUAAUGCAUAUAAUGCGUUUAUUUCUUUAGCUAAAAAUACUGAUAAUCUAAUAUCUAAAACACCAUUAAUUACAGUGGCUAUUAAAGAUAAUAUUGCUACAAAACAACUCCCGACGACAUGUGCAUCGAAAAUAUUGUCUAAUUAUACGUCUCCAUUUGAAGCUACAGUAGUUAGGCAAUUAAUAGAUGCUAAAAGAUAUUCAUUAGUAGGUACAACCAAUAUGGAUGAAUUUGCUAUGGGUUCAACUGGUCUACAUUCAAUUUAUGGCCCUACUAUAAAUCCCUUAUUGGAAGAUCGUGUUCCAGGUGGCUCCUCAUCUGGAUCUGCUGCAUCAGUUAGUAGUACUGAAGCUAUGCUUUCUCUUGGUACAGACACUGGCGGCUCUGUUCGUCUUCCUGCUGCCUAUACGUCUACUCUAGGCUUCAAACCUUCUUACGGGAGGUUAUCUAGACAUGGGGUAGUUGCUUUCGCCCAAUCUUUAGACACAGUUGGUCUUUUUGCAACAGAUAUUAACAUUUUAAAACAAGCAUUUAUGGACCUUGAUAAGUACGACCCUAAAGAUCCAACCUCUAUGGCAGAUAUAUAUCGUGAAAAAUUAAAUAAGUCUAAUAAAAAAAGAGACCCCAAUCAACCUAUUAAGAUUGGGAUACCAGUAAAUCUUUGCUCAGGAUUAUCUUCCACUGUGAAGGACGCUUUUAUUAAUUGGAUCAAUACAAACUUAUUAUCAAAUACUAAAAUAAAAGUCGAAAUCUAUCCACUCUACAUGGAAAUCUUAAAUAUGUGUCUACCAGUUUAUUAUACUUUAGCACCAUCUGAAGCAGUUUCAAAUCUAGCACGGUUUGAUGGUAUUCGCUUUGGUUCAAGGAAGAGCACAUUAGAAGCUACGAGGUCAUUAUUUGGUGAUGAGGUGAAGGAUCGGUUAAUAUUAGGAAAUUAUAACCUAUGCCAGGAUAGUUUUCAUGACACUUAUAUGAAGGCAUUAAAACUGCGUGUUCAGAUCAUUGAUGAAUUUGAUUCAAUUUUUACAAUGCAGAAUGUGUAUACUGAUUCUAAGGGUAAUUCUGAUGGUCUAGAUUAUAUUAUAUCUCCUACUAAUUCCGAUUUACCCUCCAAAGUUGCAGAUACGAAAAAAGGUAAUAAUAAUGUUAAAGAAUAUAUUGCUGAUAUACUCACCGUUCCCGCAUCAUUGGCAGGGCUGCCUGCUUUGAAUAUACCCAGUGCGAAUAAAGGCAUAGGUAUUCAUUUACUUGGCCAAUUUGGGGACGAUCAUGGUAUCCUGAACUUCGCAAAUUCAGUUUACUGA